AACGGAACCGGCGCCACCGGCGCGCUCAACGGACAAACAGAAGCGCGCGGAGCACCGUCAAGCUCGCACGGCACUCGCGCGGAAGACACCGAACUCGCCGGACGCAUUCGAGGAUCGUACUACUACUACUACUACUACUACUGCAGCUUACAACUUCAGGCAACGUCUCCCGCACGAACGAGAGAUGCUGAGGGGAGCCUUGCUGCUGCUCGCCGCCGUUCUCGGCCUGGCCGCGGCUUAUUCCACGGGCAACUACAACGAUAACGACCGUUACAACAACCAGAACAACAACUACUACAACAAUCAGAAUCAGCAGAGAUACAACACGAGCCAGCAACGCACAAAGGACAUCUUCUGCUUCCUGAACGCGACGAACAUCGUGCGACAUCCGUUCCACGAGGUCAACUCCGAUACCAAGGGUCCCUUCACAGUGGAUAUCAUGAAGCCCGAGCUGUGCACCCACAUCGUCUACAACGCCGUCGAGCUGGAUAUUCGUAGCAAUAACAUCCGACCCGUCGAUCCAGAAGUCGAGAGGGAUUCUGGCAGUCAGCCAACCUUCUCCCAGCUGGUUUAUCUCAAGGAAAGAAAUCACCAUCUGAAGCUCAUCCUCUCCGUGUCCGGUAGUUACUUGGACUUUUUUAAACUGGCCCAGGACAGCCAACGGCUCCCACAGUUCAUCAACAACGUCGAUCAGUACUUGACGAGGAUCAAGUUCGACGGAGUGAACAUCGACUGGCGGUAUCCGGAACUGAACCAGAGAGCGGCGUUCACCACCUUCAUGACCAAUUUGAAAUCUGCGCUGAGGAACCACGGACGCUUACUGACAACCGUGCUCCAUCCGUACAAACGCCUCGUUCAAGAAGUUUACCAGCAACAACAGGAAUUGUUCGACGUGGUCGACUACUGGUUCAUCAUGAUCCCCGAUCUGGCCGGAGAGAAGAUGUUCAAGAGCAUGGCGACCGCACCGUUGAAAGCUGGCGAAGGCUACGAUGUUGACCACUCGGUCACCGAUCUCAAGGAAAUAUUCGCCCAGCACAGUUACAAGCUGAUAUUGGCCAUACCAUUCGGCGGCAAACAAAUCACCACUAAUCACGAGAACACAGGAUUCGAUAUGAACAGAAGGGGCAAACCACUCACGCAGGAGUCCUUUGCUUACAACAAGAUCUGCAAAAUAAUACGCAACGAUUGGAAGCUCACCUGGUCUAAGGACGAAGAGGUACCGUACGCCCACAACGGCAAUCGAGUCUUCACCUACGAAGACGCAGAAUCCGUCAAGAUCAAGACCCUGUACGCUAUGAGAGAAGGACUGGGCGGCGUUAUGGCUUAUACCAUCGACAUGGACGACUACGACGGCGCCUGCACGAACUCGGGCUCGCCCUACCACAACAACAAGAAAUACAACGACCAGAGCUACAGAAGCAGUCAGGACAGUAGCGCUAACAAAUUCCCGCUGCUCCAGUCGAUGUACGACACGAUUCAGCGGGGCCCCAACUCCGCAGGUGUUCACACCAGCUCACUAGCUCUUGUCCUGGCCAUCGCUCUUGCCAUGAUCUUGCAGCAUAACGCCUAAGGCUAUAAUCGGAAUAAUAAUAUCGACAGGGCUGGACAUAAACACACACGCGAGCGCAUUUAAAUACCCACGCACGACUGUAUGUAUGACGACGGUUUUUAUUUUUACGCGUCGGGGUCUUUUCGACGAUGGUCGUUGAAAAAAUCGCGACGAUGAAGAUUCCAUGAUCGACGGUAUACUUUCGCUCUAUGCAUAUAGCACGGAUUUUUUAUAUAUAAAAUAGACGUUUUUUAUCACCUAAGCGUAAUUGCGACUUCCAAUGACGGAAAAAUAUUAUAUAUAUAUAUGAUUUUUGUUACUAUUAAGACACGCUGAUAGUUGUGUAAAGUUAGAGGUAUAAGUAGUUUUGUAUUAUUCGGUUAUGACGGAAAUUCAAUUUCUUUUGCGUAUUAUUAUUAGUACAUUGGUACACAUAAAACGCGUUUCGUUCUCUAAGUUUUAAACGACAUAUUAUAAUAUGGAGUUCGAAAUUUAUCAGCAAAUUACAUUUUAUACACGUCUUUAUACAUGGAGUACAGUACAAACGAAGUAUAAAUAAUUUAUAUAAGGUAACGUUAUGGGAUAGUCACAAAGUGAACGAUCGUUGGUGUUGAUCUGUGAGAUUAACACUCUUUGACCACAGAUAAAUACUUGAUUUCAAAGAUACUUGUAAAAACUUUAUACGACCAUUAUAUAUAUAUAUAUACUGAGAUUAAAUUUGGACAAAUUACAACCAGUAACUUUAUACGUGCCAUUUUUCUAUGCCAAUAAUGACUGUAAAAUAGUACUGGCUUCUACUUGUGCAAGCGGAAAAAAAGCAUUUACUCGAUCCCGUAAAUUUGAUUAACGUUCGCAAUAGUUACUAACACUUAUUCUAAGAAAGAUGGCUUUAAAUAGACAUGUUUGCAUAUAACCAUUUGCUGAGCACCAAAGCACUUACUGACACGAUUAGAAAAAUUAUCCUCGCAUGGGCAUCCACAUUUUUACACGCACAACACCACUGUUUGUUUCACGACACAACACAGCAAGCACAUUCUUAACACCAACACCAUUUAAAGCUAACAAAAUCGAUAGAUUAACGACCAUAGCAGAUUUACAUGAAAAUUGUCGGUACACCUACACAACUACACAGGUAAGUUCAUCAUACACAAAUACGGAACUCAAGAUACAAAUCACUAAUAAAUGAACACUCACACAUAUAUACUAGAUUUAUAAAUGAUUCACAUUCACUCACACAUUCACUCACACUUCAUCAUGCAUAUACAUGCAAAUCGACAUUUACGUGAAUAACUACACAAACACAUCAUACAUAAAACUGUUAGCUGUAAUUGUUAUACACGAAAUUACAACAAACACUACAAUUACUUAAACCUACUCACAUAUACACCUACAUAAACUAACGUACAUAUUUUACACUGAAACAUUGAAUCACAGCAGUGCCUUAAUUACACUAUAUUGUAUACUUCACACUUUACAAAAUUUACUUGCACACUGCACAAAAAAUGCUACACAAAAUAUAUAACACGUACCCACAACAUUAUAACAUGCACCAACUACAAUUACACUUUCAUGAAAAAUGAUACACCUCAACACAAUUUACAUGACAUUAACAUUAUCUUGCACACUCAGCACAUACACGAUUUUGAUACAGGCAAAAAUACACUAAAAACCACAUAUAUUACACACAACUAAAUUUACACUCUACCAACUAACAAAAUUACACAUCACACUACACAUAUACACAAACAAACUACAUAUCACAAUAGCACACUUAUACACGAACAAAGCUACAUAUCACAACAGACAUGCACAGUUAGAAUUUCACAUUGCAGCACAUGUACACUAUCAUAAUUACACUUCACAUAUAAUACACAAUUUAACACACAAACUUAUACUGAAAGCUACAUACAAUAAAAUUACACUACAUUAAUACACAGAGUAAAAAUGACACAUAGCAGCACAUUUAUACAACUGAAACCACAUAUCACAGCACACAUACACUCUCACAGAAUAAGACACAUCACAGCAUACGUAUCUAAAUCCAACAUUGCACAUCACAUUAUACUGACACAAACAAAUUUAUACACCAAUCUACACGUACAUACAUAAAGCAACAAAUUAACGUUUGCACACUGCAUUCACGUAAACUAAACAAACACCCUACACUCGUACAAACAACAUGACAUGACAAACUACAUUACACGCACAAAACCAUACGAAGUAAUUUACACGUACAACCACACAUUUAAAAACAAUUUUACAUUUCAAUUUACACUUACUACGCAAACAAAAUUACACGUUAGUACCCGCACAUGCACACAAGCAUUAGAAUCACACACAUACACAAACAAAAUACACGUAAAAUGCAAUACCUAACAAUAUUACACCACACCUUGCGGCGCAUUCUCAAACAGUAUUAUACGCCAAUUUCAACACGUACACGAACCCGCAAAAAAAACUACUCCAAACACACAAACAGAAUUAUUACAAAUUAAUAAAUCGUACACACAAGAAAAUACAUUACACUUUCAUAAAUACACUACAUGUUUUGUUAGCCAAAUUUGCUAGCAAAAACUUACACAAACACAGAAAACCCAUGCAACAACACAAACGACAACACGAUUUCAUAUUUAAUUACAUAAAGUACAAAACACCUUAUUUACUUUAUAAUACAUAUACACUUAAAACAUGUAUCACAGAGAUGGAUUUGUACCGACACUCACACAAAUAAUCCGGAUAAAACUACAUCAUCACAUGAAAUGCCGAAAAAAAUCAUUUGUACGCCCAUAAGAAAAUCAGAAUCAGAUAUAUUGAUAAAAGUUAUUGUUAUAUUUCAUAUCAUUUUACAAAAAUAUCGUAGCAAAUGAAUAUGCAUACAUAAAAAAUGAAAGUAUAUAUAUUUAGAACUAAAUAUUUAUAUCGAAUAUUUAAAUUCAUCACAACAACUAUAUGAAUGGUAUAAUAAUAUUCCAUUUUUCUUGAAAAAAAUAUAGAACUCAAGAUAUAAAAUAAAUUUUUCGAUUGGCUCUAUAAAUGUUAAACGUAAUGAAAAAUGUACAAUGCAAUUUAAAAAUUUAUAUGAAAUGUUUAUUAAUAGGCAAAAUAUAUUUAAUGAAAAAAAUAAUAAUAUUUAAUUGACCAACAUAAGUGUAGUACACAUUAUGUAAAUGAUUAAAACUAUAAUUUAAUCAAUUGCACAUAUUUUUAAGCUGUGAUAGAUGGUGAUUUUGGCUUUAUGCAUUCCAUUUUGUCAUAGCGAUUUCGUCGUUGCCUUACAAUUAUGGUUUUUGCUGCUCAAAGUCUUAUUGUAAAACAAGAUGAUCAAGUAAGACGUUGAUUUAAACAACGCGCUUUAAUAUUUUAAACUGUCGUAUAUAGUAGUAUUAUAUCAUUUUUGUUUGACAUAUAGUAAAUGACUAAUUCUUUGAAAGGUAUAUAGAAAAAAACUUUAAAAACACGUAUAAUCGUAAAAAGGUAUCACAAUCGUGCUAAUAUUAAUUAAAGAAUAAGACGAUGCCAGCAAGAGCUGCAACGACAAAGUAUAGAUAAUUGGUUGUAUUUGUUGAACGAUCGAAUCUGAUUUUCAACGAAGGAUUCGUGUCAACGUAUAGAAUUAUUAAUAGUUUUACCAGUUAAUAUAAGCGGCAAAUAAAAUACCGAGGAACUAUGAUAGUAUCUCAUUAAAUUGCGAUUCCGACAAGCUUCGCCAUCGCAGUGAUACUUAGAAGUAAUGCUACGUGUAUGUUUACACUGAAUACAUAUAUAUUAUUUUAAGGAAUAUUAAAAGAGUAUAUUGUGAAUUAUCGUGUAUUUAAUAAACAAUAAAAAAAAAAA